CAAGCUCGACCAACCCUUUGCAUCUCUCGAAUGUGCGCCCAUUGACAGGCACAGUCAUGCUCCGACCGGCUGCCUCGCCUUGCACGACGAGUCUUGCGCGCCGCACAUGGGCUGCUACCGCGCGGCCGACGCCCUUCGCUGCACGAUGCAUCAACAUCGCCGCGACGACUUCCUCGACUGAGCCGGCAUUGGAGCCCCAGGUCAAUGUCGAUGCUUCGGCGGCACCUAUGGCUUCUCCAGAUGCCCGUUUCGAAGUCAUCGGCACACCCUUCUCCCUCCUCUCCGUCUCCCUCUCCGCUUCACAGACCCUCUACACGCGCCGUGGAACCCUGGUAGCCCUCAGCGGCAAGGCAGAAAACACUCUCUCGACCCUCUCCGUGCUCGAGCCCUUCCGACGCAUCCCCGUUGGCAUUCCCUUUCUCUACCAAAAGGUCUCUUCCACAAGCCCCGUCACAGCCCUCAUUUCUACCAAGUCGCCAAUAUCGAGCAUAGUCUCUGUCAAUCUGGAUGGCAGGCAAGACUGGAUCAUAAGCCAACGGCAGGCUCUACUCGCAUGGACUGGACACACGCUAAGUUUGAAGCCGCAAUACAACGCGAAGCUGGGCAUUGCCCACUGGGGCAACACGUACAUCACAGGACGAGGACUAUUGGCCUUGGCUGGAAGCGGUCAGAUCUACCAGGUCCAAGUCAAGGCUGGGGAGAGCUAUGUUGCGCAUCCUAGCAAUGUCGUAGCAUACACUGCCUCAUCCACGCCACCUCUUCCCUUCCGCUUCAAGUCGUCCAACCUGCGCUUCCAGGUCCCUGAUCUCGGUUUUGGGUCAUUAGCACAGAAUGUCAAGUUCUUCAGGGUCAUGAGCGAGACGGCAACAUGGCGAGCAUUAGCCACAACAUACCAUACCCUAAAGACAUGGAUGCGACGAACGAUAUGGGGUGAUAGAUUAUUUCUCCGCUUCGAAGGCCCGACAACAAUGCUCCUUCAAUCCCGCGCCUCGCGCCUCAGCGAUGUGCUCACUUUGAAGGAUGUCGAUGAAAUUGCUGAAAGCCCGCCCGGUGCAGUCCAGGAUGCUGUAUCGCGGAAGAUAAACGAGGAGAUCAAGGAAAUAGGAGCUGGCAACAAAGCGCCAAUAGCCUCGACGGAUGCGUCUGGGACAGUGAGAUAUGCCACCAUAAAAAACGGAAAGGCAGAGUUCGACGGCUCAUCCGCAUAAUCAAAUCUUGUACUAUAUGUAGCAUUACAAUGACCCCCUACACCAGAACCGUGCAAUUUCCCUC